CCCCCACAAAGGGGGGUGGCCAGAUCGGGCCGCCUCUCCUGCCUCCCGUUAGGUGCAAAGCAACUCCUGUUGAUCGCCAUUACGAGGCUGGUCACGCCGAGGGGGGCGCACGCCCAGACCCCCGGCCCAGGGACUACGGGCUGCCCCCCCAGAGCGAAGCGCCCAGGGCCCGGCCCGGACGCUUUGUCUCGGCUCUGGCCGUGGGUCGCGGCUGCUACAAAGUAGCGAGCUAGGGCUGCGGGGCUGGCGGGGGCUCCAGGUGAAGGAGGCUGCGCAGGGAGGGUCGGGAGCCUCUUGGAUCGCGAGGAAACCUAGUCCCCUAUGCUCGGAAGGUAGAUUGCUAAGCAGCUCAGCGUAGCCUUAGCAGCCCCGGCCCGGCCCGGCCCGGCCCGGCCACGGCCCCAGCCGCCGCCUCAGGAUGGACGGCUUCUAUGACCAGCAAGUGCCUUACUUGGUCAGCAACAGUCAGCGUGGGAGAAGCUGUAAUGAGAAACCAGCAAAUGCCAGGAAAAGAAAAUUCAUUAACAGAGACCUGGCUCAUGACUCAGAAGAACUCUUUCAAGAUCUGAGCCAAUUACAGGAAACAUGGCUUGCAGAAGCUCAGGUACCUGACAAUGAUGAGCAGUUUGUCCCAGACUAUCAGGCUGAAAGUUGGUCAGCUGGGCCACUAGUGGGAGUUUCCCAAGACGAUGGGCACGUGGCACCCGGGAGUGCUGAGUACUUUUCAGUUAUGCGUCACAUCCUGUGGCAAAGCCAAGGAGCAUUGAGUGUUGUGGCUUUUCAUGGCCUCCCCUUGAAAAUCAAGAAGGAGCCCCACAGCCCAUGCUCGGAGCUGGGCUCAGCCUGCAGUCAAGAGCAGCCCUUUAAAUUCAGCUAUGGAGAAAAGUGCCUCUACAAUGUCAGUGCCUAUGAUCAGAAGCCACAAGUGGGAAUGAGGCCCUCCAACCCCCCAACGCCGUCCAGCACUCCGGUGUCUCCCCUGCACCAUGCUUCCCCGAAUGCAGCUCACACCCCGAAGCCCGACCGGGCCUUCCCUGCUCAUCUCCCGCCAUCCCAACCCAUCCCGGACAACAGCUACCCGAUGGACCACAGAUUUCGACGCCAGCUUUCUGAGCCUUGUAAUUCCUUUCCACCUUUGCCUACGAUGCCGAGGGAAGGACGUCCAAUGUACCAACGCCAGAUGUCUGAGCCAAACAUCCCCUUCCCGCCCCAAGGUUUUAAGCAGGAGUACCAUGAUCCGGUUUAUGAACACACCACCCUGGUGGGCAGUGCAGCCAACCCCAGCUUCCCCCCACCUCUGAUGAUUAAACAGGAGCCUAGAGACUUUGCCUAUGACUCAGAAGUGCCUAGCUGCCACUCCAUUUAUAUGCGGCAAGAGGGCUUCCUGGUGCACCCCAACAGAACAGAGGGUUGCAUGUUUGAAAAGGGCCCCAGGCAGUUUUACGAUGACACCUGUGUGGUCCCAGAGAAGUUUGAUGGAGACAUCAAACAAGAGCCAGGGAUGUACCGCGAAGGCCCCACUUACCAGCGGCGGGGGUCCUUGCAGCUGUGGCAGUUCUUGGUGGCCCUCCUCGAUGACCCCUCAAAUUCCCACUUCAUUGCUUGGACUGGCCGUGGCAUGGAGUUUAAACUGAUUGAGCCCGAAGAGGUGGCCCGGCGCUGGGGCAUUCAGAAAAACAGACCGGCGAUGAACUAUGACAAGCUGAGCCGCUCUCUCCGCUAUUACUAUGAGAAGGGCAUCAUGCAGAAGGUGGCUGGAGAGAGAUAUGUCUACAAAUUUGUUUGCGAUCCAGAGGCGCUUUUCUCCAUGGCCUUCCCGGAUAACCAGCGCCCACUUCUGAAGACAGACAUGGAGCGUCACAUCAAUGAAGAGGAUACAGUGCCUCUGUCCCACUUUGAUGAGAGUAUGGCCUACAUGCAAGAAGGCGGCUGCUGUGACCCCCACCCUUACAAUGAAGGCUAUGUAUACUAGCUACCAGGACAGCGUGGCUGGGAGAUGGGCCCCUCCCAGGCCUUUUCCUCUUUCACGAAACAUGGAGAAGAAAAGAGGAAAACACUUCAUUCUGUUUUUUUAAAGAAUAGUCACACACACACACACACACACACACACACACACACACACACACACACACACACACGGGUUUUUCCUGUUGCAUCAUCCUAUGGUCUGCCAUGGACAGAGCACUUUACUAGAGGUGGGGGAGGGGAGGAAUCUAAACAAUGAUUUGGUGUAACAGGAAGAAGGUGGGGGUGGGGGUGGGGAUUACUUUUUACGUAGGUGUGGGAAGGGGUCAUACAGGUUUGAAGUACAAUGAAGCUAUAUCACGUCUGUUUUGUUUCAUAUCAACAUAAGAUAAUGUACAUUUUCUCUGGGUAUCCACAGUACAGUUAAUUCUCGUUGUAUGAAUAACCACUGAGAGAAUCUUGGCAGAGGAAUGAAAAUGCCUUGAGCAUUUGUCUUGUCAUGUCUACGAAUCUGCAGGUGUCAGGGAGAAGCUCCCUUUGUACAUGGCUGGGUUAGCUUGCUGGGCGUGGCUGGUUUUGUACCUCCUCCUUUUCAAGAUAUAUUUAAAUACUGCCAUGAGCAUCCUCUCUCUUUUUGACUUUGUUUUUGCACCUGGCUCCCAGAAAAUCUAUAAAGUGGGGAAUUUUCCCAGAAGCUGAAUAUGUCCAGCACAGCCCAUUCCUGACUCUGGCUCCCUGACAGAGCCACAGACUACUUAAUAACAGAAUGCAUGUGUUUGGACACAGCCCAUCGGAUCUAUUAGGUGCGGGGAAGCCCAUCACAGUGAAAUGAGGACGGGGGACUCUCUGAUGCUCAAAACACUGUCAAGGCUGGGAUGUUGGCAGGGCUUGGGGAGAGAAGGUUUGUUUAUUGUCUUUUUCCUACAGUACAGAGAAAAGUUAUUUAGCCAAUAAGAAUUAACUGUACCCAGUCACAUAUCUACUUCCGCUGUUAUAGAUGCGGUGUGCACUCCUUGAGAAAAGACUAUCCAAUACACUAACUAGGUACUUUAGUAAUUUUUAGAUACGGUACCCAUGAAUAUGCAUUUAAGCCUUUUUCUGCUGUGUUACGUUGAUGACAUAUAUAAACACUAGGUAACGCUAACGCUUCUGCUGCUGCCUUUUCUGUCAUGUUCUCUUUGAGGCUGAAUUGACAACGACCAUUGAUAAGCAAUGCCAUUAACUACAGGUAGCAUUUCAGGACAAAAUAGAUGACUUGAAACAUUUAUUGCUUAGAAAAUAGCUUACUCCAUAGCUGGACUCUCGGCAGCUUUCUGUGCAUCCACAAAUGAAUCACGAGCUUCAGCUUGCUGAGGGAUGCUCUGCGGGGACUUUGGUCACUUUCGAUGGAAUGGGGACUCAUUAACAGAUUGUCCAAGAAUACAAGGAAGUCACGGUAUGACGUGGUGGUGCUGGCAGUGAUGUUAUCCAUCACCUUGUCUUGGAUGCGCAAUGAAAUGGGUUUGGAAGAAGAUUUAAAGUUUUGGGGUGUUGGUUUUUCUUUUUCCUUUCUUUGUCCUUUUUUUUCUUUUUUUUUCCUUUUGGGAGAAUCACGAAAGCUGGAUGUUUAUUCCACUUGUGUUGAAAAAAAAAGAGAUAUCAGAAAUGUUGCAUUUUACUAUUUAUGAUCACCUUUCUCCAAGUUCCCUUUCUCAGUUCAAAGAAAGAACAUGAGAUUUGGGGGAUUUGGGCAGAUUGGAAAGCAGGGUACUUCUGAGGAAGCCAGUUGAUCCUUGGUAACCAACUCUUAGAAGAAUGUUUCUGAUUGCACCACCAGAGUGAUACCAAGGAGUCUCCCUGAAGAGCAGAGGGACAUGAAUUCUUUCCCACACAUCUCCACUCUGGGUGGCCAUUUAAAGCUCCAAAUAUAGCAGUGAUGGAGAACCCAGAUACAAUAAAUGAGACCCAUACUCUGUACAAUGGACAUUCAAUCCUAUAAGUAACAUAUUAUAGGCAUGUGUUCUUAUGUGCACGUGAAUUGGAAUACUGGGCUAAUGGGGAUAUCUUGAAAAUUAGUUUUAUAUAUAUAUAUAUAUAUAUAUAUAUAUAUAUAUAUAUAUAUGUAUAUUUUUUUUGUCCCUCCUACCCUGAGCUCUUGUGGCCAUUAACUUCACUUAAAAUAAAAUAAAGAAAGAAGACUCAGUAUACAUUUUGUUGGGAUGGAAAUUUGGAUCGACAAAAGAAAUCCACUUGGAAGGGCUUCAUGGAAAAGUCUGUUGCCUGGAGCAUUCCUGGCUAGUUGGGCCUCUUUAUGUCAGUGUAGAGAGCAGCUCGAACCUGGAGCACGAGGGGAUCAAACACAGUAUCUGCAUUCAUUAUGUGAUUAAUAUUUAAGGAUAAAAAUAUAUGUUAUGCUGUAUAAGGUAGUGACUCACUGAAUGAAACAAGAAGCCAGUCCAAUGUUAAGUCAUUUCCCAGCAAAAGAAGGAAAAAAAUAUAGAGAGAUAUAUAUUAUAUUUCAUUGAACUUUCAACUCUUUUGAAAAAAAAUGUACCUAAAGAUUUAUUUAAAGUUUUGUUUUUAUUCCACUUCGGUUUGGUUUUGUUUUUGGGUAGAUUAAUAAACCUGGCAGCUGAUUUCUGCAAGGCUGUGGCGUUUUGAAUUUCUUCCUGACUUUGGCUCCUCCCACAUGGAAGGUGAUGAUGGGUAAUGCUGUCGUGCCAUCCCGGAGACAUGAAGCCUGCGGAUGUCUUCAGUGGGUGGUUGUUGCCUCCUUAUACAUGGCUUAAAGGCAGGUUGGGAGCCAUGAAGAAGGGUAACUCUCAAAACAAUUAUGAGAACAGAACCCAUGCCAUUGCGUGAAAAAGGCAUUCUCUUAAAGAGCCACAAAUUUGUCCCUGAAAAAAAAAAAGAGAGAGCCCUAGAAUUUGAAGCCUGGGAAUUAUUCUUAUUUUACACAUGAGAAGGCUAACAGCCAGGCAAAUAAGUGAUGUGUGUGACGGCAAUGGCCAGCUGGAUGCUAUGCCAUGGAUUCCCAAUGCAGGGCUUCUUCCUUCUUCCAAGAGACCCCAGGACAGCAAGCGAGCCAUGCACAGAGCAUCUAAUUUUAUAUGUGGAGUCUUCCUUCCAUACAUCACCUCCCAUGGUGUCACUUGUCUGCCCUUCCUGCAAAGGUGCUGCGUAACACUUCCUUUUUUCUUUCCUGCUGUGCCUACACUCUAUGGAAGCAUUUGGUUACAUUGUCAUUUUGGGAUAUUUUUCAAUAUCUCUCCCCUUAGUAAGUACUAGGUAACAACAGGGCAG